CACAGAGAACAGACCCACAGCUCCUUGCUCAGUUCUACUAUGCCGAUGAGGAACUAAAUCAAGUAGCAGCUGAACUGGACAGUUUAGAUGGAAGAAAAGACCCACAGAGAUGCACACUGCUGGUCAACCAGUUUCGUUCUUGUCAGGAUAAUGUUUUGAACAUCAUAAAUCAAAUCAUGGAUGAAUGCAUUCCUCAUGAACGGGCCAACCGAGAUUUUUGUGUUAAGUUUCCAGAAGAAAUACGCCAUGAUAACCUUGCAGGACAGCUUUGGUUUGGAGCAGAAUGUCUGGCUGCUGGCUCAAUUAUUAUGAAUAGGGAAAUUGAGAGUAUGGCAAUGAGACCACUGGCCAAGGAUCUGACCCGCAGCCUAGAGGAAGUUAGAAAUAUCAUACGUGACCAGGCCUUGAGAGAUUUGAACCUCUACACUGAAAAAAUGAAAGAUUCACUCAAGCAUUUUGAUGUCCUUUUUGCUGAAUUUGAAUUAAGUUAUGUGUCGGCUAUGGUACCUGUGAAGUCUCCAAAAGAAUAUUAUGUACAACAGGAGGUAAUCGUACUUUUUUGUGAAACUGUGGAGAGAGCCUUAAGGCUUGGAUACCUCACUCAAGAUAUGAUUGAUGACUAUGAACCAGCUUUAAUGUUUACUAUUCCAAGAUUAGCCAUUGUAUGUGGCCUUGUAGUCUACUCCGAGGGACCAUUAAACUUGGACCACAAGCCAGAAGAUAUGUCUGAACUCUUCAGACCCUUUCACACACUGUUAAGAAAAAUAAGGGAUCUACUUCAGACAUUAACUGAGGAUGAACUGCACACACUGGAGCGUAACCUGUGCAUCUCUCAAGAUGUGGAUUUUCCUGUCAGAACAGAUCCUGAAGUACCCUCUGUCAUUACACCAGGCAUAACUGCAACUUUGCCAGCAAAGGAGCUCUCAGCAAAAGCUGAGAACACAGAGGCUGAGCUGGCUUGUUCAAUGCAGUAUGAUGAACAGGAGCUGGAACAGCUGAAUAGGAUGGUACACAGAGUUGGAGAUGAAAUGUCUUCUCUGCUUUCCCCUCCAAGCAUCUGUCAGUCUCCAGCUCACAGACCUAGCCUAAGAAAUAGUUCCAGUGCAGAAGCUUCACCAACAAGACACCAUCUUGACAAUUUAACUGAUGAAGAGGACAGAGUGUUUUUUAUGGAUGACCUAGAUGGAGCAGGAGAGGCUCUUGCUGGGUUGGAUUCAGUAAGUGAUACUUUUGCUUGGGUGAAUAACCCUUGUCACAAUUCAAAACAGAACCUGCAAUAUAGAGAUGCUCUACUGUAUGAGAACGGUCAGCAAACAGAGGAAACUUUGCUUUUAAAACACGCAGAAAAUGAUGUAAGCAAUAAUAACAAUAUUGAAGACAGCAAACAGAUGUCUGGCAUCUCAGUUCAAAAUUCAUGCAGCUGUUUAGAAGGUCCGGAUUCACAGUUAUACCUCAAUGGUUGGGAUGCUUAUGCUGAUGAUGCAGAAAUGGCAGAAAUGAUAGCUCACAGGACAGGGGGAAUGAAAAUAUCUGCUACUGUGAUAUUCAAUCCUAAAUCUCCCUCUAGCUCAGAAUCCCCAGUAACACCCGAAGCAGCUAUUAAUUGUGUUCCUGGAUCUGCUAAUGCGUUAGCAAAUGAGGAGGAGGAUGAAUCUCAUAAACUCAGUAUAGCUGCCACAAACUGUCUAAUUAAUUCCUGUGUGUGUUGUGGCAGCUGUGAAGACAGCAGGGAGGAGAGUGUGGAAGGUUUAAAGACUAAACAUUCUGCAGGAGGUGUUGUAAAUGCUUCGUACACAUUAGUGAAGUCUAAGGAAAUGGACCAUGUAGAUAACCUGGACAAUUCAGUCCCUGCACAGGAAACGUUAAAACCUGAAACGUCUGCUUUAUUAGCAGAAAGAGACUUUGGCAGAGAAGAGCAAAAUCUGCCCAUCUCCUCUAAGUGCCUGGCACAUUCCUCAGGUUCACAGGUAGGAGCAGAAAAUGACUCUCAAGGAGAAGCAGAAAGCACUUCAAGUCAGCAGAAAAGGUGGGAGAAGAGAAAACAACUGUGUGAGAGAAAAGUGGAGAAUAAUGAAGAUGCUGGUAGUGAAAGGACAGCAAAGGAAGACACAAAGUCAAGAUCUAGUUCAAGUUCUCAGGAUGGCUUACGUGAUUCCCCCCUCAGCUCCAUCUCCAGCAGUGACUAUGAGAGUGUUUCUGUCACUACAUGUAGUCUCUCCAGCAUAUACGCUCUGAGGUAAUAACUCCCUUCCCAGUCAGAUUUGACUAAUUGUAUUGCAUUAUGGUUGGUUGAAAAUUUUCAUUGAGUUAACAAUCAAGUGACAGCAACACUUCUGAAUAUUCUUCCUUUGGAACAGCGGAUGCUUUUUUUCCCCAGCAGUUGUCUUUAGCACUGUUGCAAUUAAGAGGCAACUAUUUUCAGAAAAGUUUUAAUGCAUGUUUCAUUGAAUUAUACGAUGUGUCAGUGAUCUUCCUCUUAUUUGUCCAUGUAGAAUUUCUUGAGAGUCUGAAGGUUUUGGCUUGAACUGCGUCGAAUGUCUGUCUUAGGUCUUGCAUUUUUAGAAAGCAUGUUUUUUUUUUCCACUUAACUUCACUUAGUGAAGAAUGCAGUAGUAAAGUGAGACCUGCAUGCCAGCCAGAUAACUGCAGUAUAACUUCCAAUGCUUUUUUGGCUAAAGUUGUUAAGAAUACUGGUUUUACCUUCUCAUCUUCUGAGCCUGCAUGUGAGGGUUUUAACUUCAGUUUGUUUUGCACAGAACUCCUGCAGCAAAUAAUAGAGAAAUAAAGAUUAGAAAAAAAGUUACUAAAACCUGAUUUAUUUGACUGUUUUCAAGGUAUGUAUGCCAUACAUGUAUGUCAUGUAUUGCAUACACUCUACUCAAUAACACUGUUAUUCUGGUACAGGUAGAGAGGAUACCACAAUUUCAGUCAAGGUAAAUCUUCCACUGCUACUCAUCUCCCCUUUUUUCAUCCAUUUAUCUCUACAAAGUGCUUCAUUUUAACUCCAGGAAUUCCUGAUUUUUGUAUAGAGUUGAGAAAAAGAAGGCAGUAAAAGUGAUAGAGGAAAUAUUACAUAAAGUAAUAAGUAUUUUCAGGAUAUUCUCACCAUCAGGCUCAAUAUUUUUAUAUAUCCAAGUUUUAAAAGGGCGCAUAAGGGAAGGAAGAUG